CCCGUUUGCAUCUGAUUGCUCGGUGUUUGGUCUGCCGCCUACUGAGGGAUCGGCUCUACGUAGCCGGUUCCCAUUGUCCGCCAGUAGCCCGAAUGUCGUGAAUGGAAUUAUGCUCAAAGGAUCGCCAUUCUCCGUCAUAAACGCUUUAGCAGAGCUUGGAUAUCGAGUUAUUUGUAGUACCGGAGAGGCGGAGAUACUUUGGACAUUGCAGCGGGAAAAUUAAUAUUACAAAACAGACCUGAUAUUUCACAAGUGUACUAUUUAAACACUUAUAAAUUAUGAAUACAAUGUUUCUUGUGCAAUCAAGCUUUAAUGCACUUAGCUUAAUGAUGACUCGAUAAGAAAUUCAGACUCUGUUAUCUUUUUUUCAUUAACUUUUUUAUAUCACAAAUUUUGAAUGUUUCUAAAAUUAUGUCUGACAGAGUGUUGUCUUUAUGAAAUUUUACAGUGAUUAAAAAAAUAUGCAUGUAUCAAUUCGUGGACCAAUUUAAAAAAAAAAGCUUUAUUUCGAAGUUACUCAAUUGUUUCACAUAUAUACCUCGCGAGAUCAAAUGAUACGUAUAUAUAUGAAAAAAUACACUUUUAGUUAGAAUAGACGUUUAAAAAAUAGUAUUUUAUCUUCUCUGAAGUUAGUCAUUGUUGUGAGCAAUUGUACUUGAGGCUUUUCGUAUUUUAGCGGACGUGAGACGUAACAUUUCGUGCACUGCAGUAGUUGUUCCUUUUUGAUGAAUUUGAAAAUGACGCAGUGAAAUUUUAUAAUCAUAAGACUGCCAGAGAUAUAGUUUCGGAGAUUGAACCGCAUAAAAAACUUUCUGCACUUGUGUAAUUGCGGAUGAUACGCGGGAAAAUUCGUCACAAAAUUAUAUAUAGUAAAUAAUGGCGAAAUCUUCUCCCUCUGAAUAUUGUGAUAAAUGCGCAGUGGAGAAUUCCAUGUCGAGCGUUUUCCAGACUUUAGACGAAAUGGACUUUGAACGCGGAAUUUGGGGAGCAGCAAAGGACGGCGACUUGGAUCGUGUGAAGAUGUUGUUGGAUAAGGGCGUUUCCCCCGAUGCGAUAGACUCUUCCGGCUACAGACCGAUACAUUAUGCCGCGCGCAAUGGACAUUUUCAUGUGUGUAAAGAACUGCUAAAUCACGGCGCAAACGUGAACGCGAUCACUCGCUGUAUGGGCGCGACACCUCUGCACCGUGCUGUUGCGCAGGGUCACCUUGAAAUUGUUAAAAUGUUGCUGCAACACGGCGCGGAUCCCUGUAUCAAAGAUGCGGAUGGCAAAACUGCUCUAGACCGAGUGACCGCAAUUCCGAUCAAUCUAGUCAUGACCAGUAUCGCCGCACUCCUAAUAGACUAUCACGAGCAAGGAAAGUGUUUACCUAAGGAGUUACAACAAGCAGAGGAGGAAAUUCAUCGUUAUUUGGGACAAGAAGCUCUAGCAGAUUUUAGGGAAGAACUGUUAUCAUCUAUGAGGGAGAAUAAUAAUCAAGAAAAUACUGAAAGUGAAAAACAAAAUGUAAGCAAGAACACUGAAAGUAAAGAAACAAAGAGUUAAGUACUGAAUAUGAAAAUAGAAAGGUGAUAACUACGGAAAGAUAGUAGUUUUUUGUUUCUCACAUAAACGCAGUAAAAAAAAACUACUUAGUAAAUUUAUAUUAACACAUUUUUAGAAUGUCUUAUUAUCUCUGAGACAAUUUAAAAGUAUAUCAACACUCAGAAAAUAUCAAGAUUCAGAACUUUGAACACAUUUUUAGAAAAUCUUGCCUAUUGCAAUAAGUUGAUUAAAAAUU